ACGGAAUGAAGACUUCGAAGGCAAGCCAGCGACGGACUGCGAAGUCGACGUCACAGCAAGGCGAAUCUUCAAAACCAGCAUCGACAUCGACUUCCGCUUCCGCUGAUCCCCAGACCUCUUUGUUCAGUUUUCGAAGAAUUUUUAUGAGAAUUGUUUUCAUUGCCGUUACUAUGUAUAUUGUUCGUAACAAAUUCGGCAACCAAUUGACAACUCUCGUUGCUGUCGACACAGAGACAGAAAAAGCGACGUUUGACGUCAUCUGUUCUGACGACUAUGAAACAAGAUUUAGAGGAUGUAAUCCUGUUCACUGUAAAAGAGUAGUAAUGGAUGGACUUUUUACAAUGGAGGAAAUUGAACAGUUAAAACGCAUAGCAGACAAAGGGAUGGCUCUUGGUGGCUCAACUGGAGGGCCAACAGUCCUAGAUUUGCACUCUGGUGCUGUCAGUAAAGGUGGCAAGUUCAUCAAUGUAUACAAAGUCGCAGAGCUGCAGGGUAUGUCACCCGUGUUUACAGAUGAAGACUACAGUUUGUACAAGUCAGUGAAGGAUGUCAUUAAACAUCUCAUUGUCUCAGAAUUUGAUGUUGAUCCAUCCCACCUGUACCUUACCAAACCAACAUUUUUCUCUCGCAUCACAGCACUUCCAGCUAAGACCAUCCAUGAUGAAUACUGGCAUCCACAUGUUGACAAGGUGACUUACGGAUCAUUCUCCUAUACAUCUCUAUUAUAUCUAAGUGACUAUCAGAAAGACUUUCAAGGUGGAAGGUUCGUAUUUCUUGAUUCAGACAACAACAAAACUGUGGAGCCAAGAUCUGGGCGAUUAUCAUUCUUCACAUCAGGAUCAGAAAAUACUCACUUUGUUGAAAGAGUAAGAAGUGGUACAAGAUUUGCUCUAACUGUUGCAUUUACGUGUGACAAGAAGCAUGCAAUAGAUGAUCCACAACCACGCUAGAAGUGUGCUAUCAAACCCAACUAAGAGCUUUAGGAACAGAAUCAAAUGAAAUACAUGACCAACUACAAGUUUUCACAAAGAA